GGUGUGCGUCUGCCUUUUUUUUUCCCCUUUCCCUUCCCUUCAUCGCUGCAUUGUCUGGCUCCAGUCGUGUUUCGCCCCUCUGACUCUGGUGGAAAAGAAAAAAUUCAGUUCAGAUUUUCGCCAUCUUUAUCAACCAAGUCAACAUGUCUCCCGCCCUUGUUCAAGCUGGUGCUGGCUCUGCCACGAAGGAUGUCAAGAGAGAAUCCGCGACCGCCCGUCUCCUGGGUUCAGGAACGGCUGGUAUUACGGAGCUCAUGGUUUUCCACCCUGUCGACACCAUUGCCAAGCGGUUGAUGAGCAACCAGACUCGUAUCGCCUCCUCUGAAGCAAUGAACAAGGUUAUUUUCAAGGAAUUUGCCGACGCCCCCGCUGGCCGCAAGUUUACCUCUCUUUUCCCCGGUCUGGGUUACGCCGCCGGUUACAAGGUUCUUCAGCGUAUCUACAAGUACGGUGGCCAGCCCUUCGCUCGCGACUAUCUGGCCAAGCACUACGGUUCCGAAUUCGACAAUGCUUUUGGAAAGGGAACUGGCAAGGCUAUCAUGCACGCGACAGCUGGAAGUUUGAUCGGUAUCGGAGAGAUUGUUCUUCUGCCCCUCGACGUUCUCAAGAUCAAGCGUCAAACUAACCCCGAGGCCUUCCGCGGCCGCGGCCUCUUCAAGAUCAUCCAGGAUGAGGGUAUGGGACUGUACCGUGGUGCUGGCUGGACUGCAGCCCGCAACGCCCCUGGAUCUUUUGCUCUUUUCGGUGGUUCCGCCUUUGCCAAGGAGUACAUCUACCAGCUGAAGGACUACAACUCUGCCACAUGGGGUCAGAACUUCGUGGCUUCCAUCUGCGGUGCUAGUGCUUCUCUGGUUGUGUCUGCUCCUUUGGACGUCAUCAAGACCCGUAUUCAGAACCGCAACUUCGAAAACCCGGAGUCUGGUUUCCGGAUCGUGUCCAACAUGAUGAAGAACGAGGGAUUCACCAGUUUCUUCAAGGGUCUGACGCCCAAGCUGUUGAUGACUGGACCUAAGCUUGUGUUCAGCUUCUGGCUGGCUCAGACGCUGAUCCCUGCGUUUGGCCAGGUUGUGUAAAAAAAAGUAAUUAUAUGUUGAUUAUAAUAGCGGGUGCUUUGCUUUUUUGGGACGCAAUUUUCUGUCAGGUUCGAUUUCGGGGCUUUCUGGUACCAAAAUAGAGCAGUCUGUUGAGCCUUGCGCAUUUGAUAGACAAGACCUUUUUCUUUUGCUUUCACGAGUUUGAUGGCGGCAUGGCGAUUGGAAAUGAAGAAACACACCUCCC